AUGUUUUGGAGUCAACCAGAAGAUGAAAACUCGCUUGUGAAGUUGCUAAACACAUCGAACUUUACUUUAGAAGAGGUUCUACUUAAUGAAUAUGUUGUUCAAGAGUCGCGAUAUUGCAGAGAAUCGCUCAUAAAUUUCAUAACGAAAAAGGAAAAUAUUAUCAAACUGGUGCAGCUGAGCUUGUGUCCAGAUGUUGACCCAAAUCUUCCAGUAAAACAACAAUACAGGCUUUCAUUCAUUGCUUCCGAAAUUCUCACUGUACGAGGGUCAGACGUUUACCAACACGUCAUCGUUACGUGUGAUGAAACGAAGAAAGUUUUGGUUGAUUUUCUAAAUAGCAAGGAGCCAUUGAAUCAUUUAGUGGCCGGAUUCUUUGCCAAAAUAAUGGAAUGUUUGCUUUCAAAGCAAUUUGACGCGACAUACGCCAUCAUUAGAGAUACACCAUUUUUCGACAAAUGUAUUCAAAAUAUCCAUCUUGGGGCUAUUGAAUGCCUUCUCGAAAAUCUUCUUCGAAUUCCAUCAUCGAUUGAUAACAUGAAUGUAUUGAAGCAGUGGAUGAUCGAUGACAAUCUUUUCGAUAAAAUUUUGGACCGUAUCAAUGAAAAUACAUCGGACGACGAUAACGAAUGUCUCUCAGAGGUUUACAGCGAAAUUGUCAAGGAAAUUCGUGAUAAGCUUUAUGUAUUAGAAAACAAAGACGAUCCACUACACGAUCUUAUGAUGUCUGAGGAUCUCAUUAGAAAGAUUGUCGAUAAAAUUGCCAUCGAUGAAUCCUGCGCUGACGACAAUAUCAUGAAAAAGUCUGCCACUAUUAGAGCUGCUUCAAAAAUAAUGGAUACUAUGAUUCGCACAAACUUUGUUCUCAAUGCACCAUCGCAUUUGAUAGAUGAGGAAAUGAGGCAAGAAUUGGACGAUCGCCACAGUGGAAGCAUUUCGACAAGGCAUUUAGAAAAUAACGUGGAAAAUUUUGAAGUUGUUUAUCAGCCGGAUCCAGAUCGGAUUGCUGAAACAAUUCUGGCCGAACGAAUUCUUCCUGUUUUUCAAGUUGCCAAAAGAUGCAUCGAACUAAAAUCUCCCGCUUGGCAACAGCUGAUGGAAUUACUUGUAGCGAUUUGCAACACAAACCAUACGCCAACACAUGAGAAAUUACUUUCCGCCUUCAUAAAGCUUCCAAUAGUCGGGUUCGUAGAGAUUGCCAAAAAAAAUCCGAAAAUGUCUGUUCUUCAUGCACUAGUCGAAAAAAUGUUUGUGUAUAUUCUAUACUCGAAAGUUGAUAAAAAGACAUUAUCUCCUAUUGCCGAGUACCUUUUGAAGGAUGCCUCGUUCAUUGAAGCAAUCUAUGGAACGAUGUUCUUCAGUAAGCCUAUGCCCAGUUUAAUCGAACAGUGCGGUCUCCGAGCAUUCAAUAUGAAUCUCGCUCAAGCUGUUUAUAAAUCAAGCAUGUGCGCUCCAAUGGCGUCGGCAAUUCAAGCGCUGGUUCAGAAAAAGACCCUCUGGGAAGAGAUAAGCGAUUCGAUCAAGGAAUAUAACUCGCAUCAUCGUCCUUUCAAUCCGCCUCACGACAACAACGAAUCAAAUUUAACGAGUAAUCCUGGGUUUGAUUCGGACGAUAGAGAUUUUCUUAAUGACAGCGAAGAAUGGAAAGAUGCUUCGCAAUUUCUCGCCUUGAACCCGCCGCAAAAACCAUUUGGAGCAAGUUCUACAUCCGACGCUGACAAAUUCAACUUCAGCUUGGAUCGGUUUCCUAAUGAAAUCGAUAGUGGGCCAUUUGAUGAUACCCCAGAUGAAGAUGAAUUCCGAAAACUGUGCUCACAACGUGCGAACUCGUCAUCGUGCUCAUUGAACAACUCAAACAUUUCGCAAGAUUCGAACAACUCGUGCAGUGGUUGGCCUGGACUCCCAACAGAAAAUAACAAAGGAGUCGCUAAUGCAUUUGAGAAAACCGGGGAAUUUUUAUGGCCGAAUAAGUUAAAAGAAGAUGUUGGGAGAAGCUCCAAUUCAAAUGAUUCUUGGGCCGAUUUCUCAACACUUCCAGCGUCUUCAACAGGAGCCACAGUAGUUAAUGUACAAUGGCCUGGUGCUGAUCAACCAGAAAAAGGGGAGAGCUCGGACUGGCCACUAAGCAAUUCGCACGAUUUCAAACCAUCUGAUCCAUUAACCGUAGGAUUUGUCUCUGGAAUCUCGCACAAUCUCGAGGACACGAGCGAUGCUUAG